AUGAGUUCAGACCAGCCAACCAAUGUGACCAAAGCCCGAAUCACCAUGUCCACGCACGGACCAAGUUUUUCCGCCGCCCACGUCCAGCCUGCCAGCAACCAAAAGCCCAAAGACCCAAAGAUAUAUCUCCCCACAUCCUUCAUCGCGGAGCAGACGCUGGAAUCAUUUUCCCACUCAACAGAUCUCGGCAACUGGUGUCCGUCGCAGGCGAAAACACAGUCCCCCACUACGCCGAACGACAAAGAAGUGCUCGAACCGCCGACCUCGCACACGUCGCAGUCGUACAAGCUUCUGAACGGGUCCUCUGACACCAAGCUGUGCAAACUGUUUGCCAGCUCGCAAGAGGCCAAAACGCCAAACACACCCUCCAUUCCAGGAACGCCGCUGGGAACAAAGAAGCCGGACGACAUGGAAAUCUGCUCGGACAAGUCCAUACCCAGCAACUUGAGUCUGACCCCUAAAUUGGAAACCUUCAGCCAGAACCACAUCUUGUCCCCCGUGAUAAACCUCUCCGCCGCAACAGACUCGCACGAGUAUAUCCAGCAGACGUUGGGCCCCACCUCGGUUUCCCUGGUUUCCACAGAUAAAGUGCUGGAACUAUACGGACGCAACGCAAAAAAGAUCAAAGAUCCUGACGUGCAGUUCUCCUAUGCGCAGGUACUAGUUCGCAACGCCCUGGCAACGAAACCGAAUGGGAGCCUGGAGAUGAAGGCGCGCAAACGGUUUCUAUCGGAUGCACACGAUUUGCUAAAGCGAAGCUCCCGUGGAGGUUGUGUGGACGCGCAGUAUUUUCUCGGGGACUCUUAUGCUGUGGGGAUGUUUGGGAAACCGGAUGACUCGAAGGCGUUGGAGUUCUUCGAGGCCUCCGGCAAAGCCAGACACGCUGAAGGGGCGUACCGUACGGCGGUCUGCUAUCGAAAGGGGUGGGGGUGUACUCCAGACUCGCGGAAGGUUGUCAAAUUUUUGGAAAUAGCAGCACUCAACAACCACCCAGUAGCCAUGAUGGAGUACGGGAUCUACUGCUUCAAGGGGCUCAUGGGUCUCCCAGACGACACCAUCACCAAGAAACAGGGCAUCAGCUGGCUCAAGCGCGCCACAGAGGUUGCAUCGGAGUUUUCCUGUGGUGCACCUUACGAACUCGGGCUGAUUUUUUUCAACGGCUUCAAAGACAUUGUGAUCCAAGACACAAAGUACGCAAUAAAAUUGUUUUUCCAGGCCGCCUCAUUGGGCCAUGCGAAAUCAUCUUCGUUGCUAGGGAAACUGUACGAGGUGGGUGACAUUGUGGAGCCUAAUGCGGAUUUAUCGAUACAUUUUUACAACAUGGCUGCCAGCAGUGGGGACCCCGAAGGAAUGAUGGGGCUGUGCUCGUGGUAUUUUGUAGGGAGCAAGAAUCUUGAACGCGAUUAUGAUGAGGCUUUUGCAUGGGCCUUACGCGCAGCAGGCUGUGGGUUAACGAAAGCGAUGCUACUGUUGCAAAGGUUUUACGAGCUUGGUAUAGGCUGCGAGAAGAAUCUGGAGAAAGCUAAAUGUUGGCGUGAAGCCGCAACCAAAGGAUAG